AUGCAAAUGACAACAUUCUGUUGUUUAUGCACAUUUUUAUUACUUUUUAAUAACUAUUGCAAUGCAUAUGGAUAUAGCUACUCAAGUUAUUAUAGGAAGCAUUUUGAUCUGGCCAUCGCAACUUUUACAAAAGAACCAAAUCUAGGCACCGUUUGGUUCACACCACACGGGAAGUACAUGUAUCUUAAUGGAAGUGUGGGCGGACUUCCACCCAGCAGCGUACUAGGUGUACAUAUUCAUAGGUAUGGAGGUCUUGGAGACAUGUGUCUUGAAGCUGGACCCCAUUUCAAUCCAUUCAAACAAACUCAUGGAGGUCUCGUAGGCUAUCCUAGACAUGCCGGUGAUUUAGGAAAUAUUCCAGUCAACAGACGGGGAGUUAUGAUUUUCAAUCUAAAAGUAACGGUGAAAAAAUUAUUACCCUAUGAUGGAUUUAUUGGUCGCUCGCUUGUCAUACAUCAACGAAUGGAUGAUCUUGGAACCAAUCCAGAUGAAGGGAGUAAAACAACUGGUAAUUCAGGUCCGAGGUUAGCUUGUGCUGCAAUAGGAUUCCGUGCUCCAUGA